AUGUGCAGCCUCAAAGGACCUUUUCUUUUCAUCAUCUUGUCUCUUACUUUAAAUUCCCUGGAAGCAACGCCGGUUGAGAGACUACUUUCUUUGGCUUUAUCUUAUGGGAUGCCCACAGACAAAAGUAGGUCUGAUGACAAGGGAGAUCUCAGCAAUGCCAUCCGAAGCUUGAGGUCAAAUCUGGCUUUGACGCUGAUUCGGUUCCUCACCCUGCUAUGCAUUUCUUCGAAGUAUACAUUGAAAAUAGCCUGUUGUGUGUGUUGUGAAAUGGCUGAGGAAAUGUGGUCAUCUUGGUGUGUUUCUCUCUAUUUGCUUUUAACUACCUCCAGCCACCAUCUGGACAAACGGAAAUGCAAUACCGCUACGUGUGUGACACAACGCUUGGCAGACUUCCUGGUCCGGUCCAGCAACACCAUCGGUGCCAUCUAUUCACCCACCAAUGUAGGAUCCAACACUUACGGGAAGAGAGGCAGAGAACCUCCCAACUAUCUACAGCUUUAAGAAUACAAGUUGGCAACGGUUGCAGCUCUCGCUAGAAAUUCCUCUUCCUGCCUCUGGUUCUCAUGUACAAAGUCCUGGUCCUCUUAGUUUUCCAUACUAGUUCAUUUUGUUUCAGCAAGGCAGCCAUUGUGGCCAGGAGCUUGACGAUUGGGUUGUCUCGGUGACCGCUUUGAUCACUGGGCUACCUGCUUAUUUUUCAUGGUGCC